AUGGAUACUACGACCCCUUCGCCGCACUGGGGAAAGUUCCGCUACCUGACCCGAGGGGUCAAGCCAGCGCCAACAAAAGAAGCGUAUCUGCUUCCACCUCUGUCCGAGUUUGGUGAUGUUGUUAGAUUACCCCUCACGGACAUGAAGCCCUCCCUAGAUCUGGGAGACGAGUCCCCAUACAAGCUGUCAGUCCAUGGCUUCACCGCUCGCCGACACCACUCCGCCCUGCAUGCAGCUCCAUACGACCGUACUAGUUGGAACAACGAGCGUCUGCUCCGUGAAAUCUACUUCCCCGAAGUACAAGAACUGGUUAAAAAGGUCACGGGAUGUAAGAAGGUGGUGAUAUCCGCCGCAGUGCUGCGCAACGAAUUAUACAAGGAAAGCGAUGCCCCUGCGGCUCCACACCCAGAAGAAAACGAGCAAACGCCAAACAAGGACCCCGAAGCGGAACUAUUUCCACCUAUUGUCGGCAACUCGACGACAGAUAGUAUCUGUCCGGCCCCGAAAGUGCAUCUUGACCUGACGCCGACGGGUGCUAGGUACCACAUUCGCAAGUACCAUCGCGAGGUUACGUCCGCGGCCGAGAAAGUAAUCGCAGCGGAGAAUCGGCUGCUGGAAUCCGGUGUGCAAUGGGAUGACCUCAAGGACUUUUAUGCAGGGAAGGAAAACGGCGAUGAGGGGGUACCUCGAUUCGCACUUUUCUCCAUUUGGAGACCCCUGAAAACCGUCCUUCGGGAUCCCCUGGCUUUGGCUUCCUGUGCUUCUUUUCCUGAAUCAGACUAUGUGCCUGCGGACCAGCUGGAGCCAUUGGAUCCCCAGAUUCCGGCUCAUCUGUCGCGGAUCGUCGAUUCCAACGGUCAAGAGGCUGCAUCCAACGUGGAUAAUGGAACUUACCAAACGCAGGGCUAUUUGGCUUAUGCGCCACGGGAUAAAGAACGAAAAGCGCAUGACUGGCACUUCAUCUCGGAGCAACAGCCUUCUGACGUUUUGGUAAUUCAACUGUUUGACAACGAGAUGGAGGCGCAUGCACGAGCACCACAGGAAGAGACCAAUAAGAGGUCUAGUUUGGGGGUCGGGGGAGCCAUCCAUAGUGCCUUCGAGCUGGACGGCCAAGAUCUACAUUCUGAAGCUCGGGAAAGUAUUGAGGUGAGAUGUAUAGCAGUUUGGUAA